GAGACCCGCCCACUCUGAUAUACUCGCGAAUGAGAGAAAACCAAAACAAUGAUAGAACGUUGAAAGUUGACGCUGUGGUCAAAUUAGAAAAGAAAAUGAACGCAUAUUACAUAUGAUAUCAUCGCAGUUAGCCGUAGAAACGUGUAUAAACAGCACUGAAAACGAGCAAAUCAUGGCUACCAUAGAUUCUCUGAUGAGCUUGUGCGCUUUUAGUGUUGCUCAGCGUGCUGAGGAGUAUGAGAUCCAGAUGUUGCCUGCUGCCGUUAAAGACAGAUUAUUGCGGAUAAUGAUGUCUUAUGGCACGGUCACCGACUCCAACAUCAGCCAGCUCGUGCACAAUGGAACUCAUACACUGGAUCUGCAGAACUGCAAGGUGUCCGACUCUGCGCUUCAACAAAUCUACUGCCUACAGCUGAGGACAAUCCUGUUAAGAGGCUGUGCAGAUAUCACUUCUGAGGGUGUAGAGGUGCUGGCAUCCCGGUGCCCUUAUCUUCAGGUAGUUGAUCUCACGGGCUGCACGGCUGUGACAGAUUCAGGGAUUCAGGCUCUGGCGCGACACUGCAAAGGUUUAGAAGUGAUUUCCCUGCGUGGCUGCACCGCUCUCAGUGACAAAGCCCUGCUGGAGCUGGGAGAGAGCUGCAGGAUGCUGCACAGCAUUUACUUCUCUGGGACAGAGGUAACUGAUCAAGCGGUCAUUGGACUCGCAAAUGGAGUUUGUUCACAUAGCCUAAAGGAGUUACAGAUGAUACGAUGUCGCAAUUUGACUGAUGUGGCAGUGACUGCUGUUCUUUCAAACUGUGCCAACAUCAGAAUUUUUAAUUUCCAUGGAUGUCCCCUGAUUACAGAUAGAUCAAGGGAGGCGCUCCAAAACUUUACUGGCCCCAACAAGAUCCAACAGGUGUCUUGGACUGUGUACUGAUCACACUGUGGACUGUGACUACCAAUCAUCUUCAGUACAUCAACUACAACACAUCAACUCUAUUGUCGUAAAUGUAAUGCACUUAUCGAGGAAGAUAAGCAUCAUCCUUUUUUUAGAUUUACUAAGCAAAGAGUCAGUGUUUGAUAAAAAAAAAAAAGAUAAAAUCAAUGCAUUUUCAUAAUAAUGUAAUUUAAUAUUUCUGAAUAUACUUCUGUAAAAUUGUUGUUUACCUACUUUUCACUUUCAACAAAU